AUGGCGUGGCUGCGGGCGAUGGCCGUUUGGAUGGCCUAUGUGGCCACGGUGCUCCUGGCUAUCCCUGCAAGGGCGGCAGAGGACGGCGACGGAACAGCCUCGGAGGUGCCCAGCCCUGACGCGAGAAAGAUGCACCUGGCGGAGGCGCUCGCUAUCUCAGCGGCGGAUAUCCUGGAUGACCAGGAGACCCCAGCGGUGGAAGGCUACGAUGCUCUCUCUGACCUGCUUGAGUCGGCCGUUGUGGCGGAGAGCUUCACUUACUGGGAGCUGGCACAAGCUGUGCAUGAUGUGUUACUGCAGCAAGGCUACAAUGAGGAAGUCAUGGCCCCGAUGAUGACACAUCUGUCUAGAGCUGCGGCUUCAGCUUCAGGUGAGCCGAGGACGAGGUCGUGCUCGUGGCGACAAUGGACCAAGGCCGCUUCCGACGGGGCGAGCAGCCUCAGCUGCAGCAUCUGGAAGGGGCAGGCCUACCAGCCCAGGCUCUCGAGCGUCCAGAUCGAGAUCUCCGAUGACUGGGGAAGGGGCAGCACGUGCGUCAACGGACACUGGAAGUCCUGGGGCUAUGGGUCCGGCUGGGCCGCCGCCGCCAACACCGGUGAGGCAGCAACUGCCCCGGGCGGGCCUCCGCCACCCACUCCCAUUGCUAUCAGCUCGCGGACUGCGGUGGAACAAUAUCGGCGGACGGUUGGAGCCACUGGCGGCCCGAUGCUUGGUGGUCCCUUGAUCCCUGGUCACGCACUGCCACCGCAUUACAACAGAGCACCUGAGACAAUGGGUGCAGGCGAGCUGGUGGAAGAGCUUACAUGGCACCUGCAGGGGGCAGGAUGGACUCCGGCAUGGUGUAUGUCGCCCGAAAUGCGUCACAGGCUUCAGGUCGUGUUUGCAGUGCUGGAAGCCCGCCAGAUCCCACCGGAGGAUGUUGCAUGGCGACUGAUUACGCAUAUACGUGGACGACAUGCCGUGGAGCUCCAACUGCCUUACGCACAGCGGGGUGACUUCAUGCCCACGUAG